UCGUAUGCUCACGCGCCCUUCUGCGCGCGAGUAAACGUCCCCUGCGCUGCGUUGGGAAAUGGACACAGGCAAGUCCAGCGUUUUGUGUCGACUCUCCGCGUAUCCGCCCGCCCAACAGCCCGCCCUUUAAUAAGUUUCCAGGCAGCCGUUCCCUUUAAACGACUCGGGUUUUUUUUCCCUCUUUAAUCCUGAAUUGAUGGCUUAAACGGCGGACGCCGCCAGAGCGGCAGGGAGCCGGAGCUAACGGUUACAUCUGUCAGACUCCGACCGUUUCUGGCCUCGGUGGCUUUCAAACUUGUGGCUUUUCUCCUGGACGCUGUCUCACACCGCCUCUGCGAGAUGCUCCCGGCUCUUGUGGGAAAUUUCCAGAACAAUUUAUUCGCUUCACAUCCACACGCGCUGAGAAUCCGUUAGGAAGUGACCUUACCUCAGGACAACGCCGACGGCUAACGUCACAGCGCCGGCGUUAGGGCUGUUUCCCCGCUUUGGCGAGAACUUCUUUCAGGGGCUUUUGGAGAGGUGUGUUUCACGACCCCGAGCGGGCGGACUAGGCGGUGAGCAUCAUGCACGCUUUUCCGACGAGGUGAAACUGAGAGCUGAUCUCCGAACAUGUACGAGGAGAACCGGAAAAGCAAUGGGUACUCCAAGGAGGCAGAGGAGGGUGGCGGAGAAGGGGAUGAGGAGGAGGAGGAGGAGGAGGAGGAGGAAGGAGGUGGAGAGGGAGAUGAGGGGGAGUGGGACGAGGAAGGAAAGCCAAGGAUGAACCGCACAGAAACGCUCAACUCCACCACCAGCUCCACGGGAACACAGAAGAAGAAGAGUCAGCAUGCCAAGAAGCAGGUUCAGGGCUCCAACCAGGUGCAGCGUGCUCCACGAGCCCUCUACUGCCUUAAGCUGAACAACCCCAUCCGCCGAGCUGCACUGUCCAUCGUUGAGUGGAAGCCGUUUGAUAUCUUUAUUCUUCUGGCUAUCUUUGCUAACUGUGUGGCUCUUGGAGUGUCCAAGCCUUUUCCUGAGGAUGACUCCAAUGCUACUAACCAUGACCUGGAGCAAGUGGAGUACGUGUUUCUCAUCAUCUUCACUAUAGAGACCUUUCUGAAGAUCUUGGCCUAUGGACUGGUUAUGCAUCCCAGCUCCUACAUCCGCAAUGGCUGGAACUUGCUGGAUUUUGUCAUCGUAAUUGUGGGGUUGUUUAGUGUCGUGUUGGAGACGGUGACCCAUAAGCCUGGUGAAGCACACCACAUGCCAGGAAAGCCUGGAGGCCUGGACGUGAAAGCCCUCAGAGCCUUCAGAGUGUUACGACCCCUUAGACUCGUCUCAGGAGUGCCCAGUUUGCAGAUUGUGCUGAAUUCCAUAAUGAAGGCUAUGGUUCCUCUGCUGCAUAUCUCUCUGCUGGUCCUGUUUGUCAUCAUCAUCUAUGCUAUAAUUGGCCUGGAGUUGUUCCUUGGCCGCAUGCAUAAGACAUGCUUCUUUAAAGGCACAGACGACUUUUCAGAUGAUGAACCAGUGCCGUGUGCGUUUGCCGGUCACGGUCGUCAGUGCAAUCUUAAUGGCUCAGAGUGUAGGGGGAGGUGGGACGGCCCGAAUGGUGGCAUCACAAACUUCGAUAACUUCUUCUUUGCCAUGCUGACUGUGUUCCAGUGCAUCACCAUGGAGGGCUGGACCGACGUCCUGUACUGGAUGAAUGAUGCCAUCGGUUUUGAGCUGCCAUGGGUGUACUUUGUAAGUCUGGUCAUCUUCGGAUCCUUCUUUGUGCUCAAUCUUGUUUUGGGUGUGUUGAGCGGUGAAUUCUCUAAGGAGCGAGAGAAGGCUAAAGCACGCGGAGACUUCCAGAAGCUGAGAGAGAAGCAGCAGCUGGAGGAGGAUCUGUGUGGCUACAUGGACUGGAUCACACAGGCUGAGGACAUUGAUGAAUUUGACGAGGAUGGAAACAGACGUGUGACCCUCCGUGACCUGGCUGAUAAAAAACGAGGGAAGUUUGGCUGGUUCAGCCACUCCAACGAAACCCAUGCAAGUCUUCCAGCUAGUGAAACAGCUUCUGAGAACACAGAGAAUAUAGAGGAAGAACACACUGACUGUUGUGCUGCUUGCUGCGCUCGCAUAAUGAAAAACCCUUGCUGCCGCACAUUACGUCGGUGGAACCGUGGGGUUCGGCGGACAUGUCGCAAAGCUGUGAAAUCUGUCACGUUCUAUUGGCUGGUGCUUAUUCUUGUCUUUCUCAACACAGCUCUGAGUGCAUCAGAGCACUACAACCAGCCAGACUGGCUCACUGAUGUACAGGAAAUUGCCAACAAAGUUCUUCUGUCUCUCUUUACGGUUGAAAUGUUGCUGAAGAUGUACAGUCUGGGUCUGCAGGUCUACUUUGUAGCUUUCUUCAACCGCUUUGAUUGUUUCGUGGUGUGUGGAGGUAUUCUGGAGACAGUGCUAGUGGAGAUGGAGAUCAUGCCACCUCUUGGCAUUUCGGUGCUGCGAUGUGUUCGGCUGCUUAGGAUCUUUAAAGUCACACGCCACUGGACAGCUCUAUCCAAUCUUGUGGCUUCUCUGCUGAACUCCAUGAAGUCCAUCGCAUCUCUGCUGCUGCUCCUCUUCCUUUUCCUCAUCAUCUUCGCACUGCUGGGAAUGCAGCUCUUUGGUGGCAAGUUCAACUUUGACGAGACUCAGACCAAGAGGAGCACCUUCGAUGCUUUCCCUCAGGCACUCCUCACCUGCUUUCAGAUCUUAACAGGUGAAGAUUGGAACAUGGUGAUGUAUGAUGGGAUUAUGGCGUAUGGAGGGCCUGUAUUCCCUGGUAUGAUUGUAUGUCUGUACUUCGUCAUACUCUUCAUCUGUGGUAACUACAUCCUCCUGAACGUCUUCUUGGCUAUCGCUGUGGACAAUUUAGCAGGAGGAGAUGGAGACGACAAAAAGAAAGAAGAAAAGAAAGAAGGAGAAGAGGGCCACGAAGAAGAAGAGAAUGGAGAAACAAAGGUGGACAUGGAUGAGUAUGAGGAAGAGGAAGAACAUGAUGAUGGUGAUGAUGAAGAAGGAGGAACUCAGCUGAAUGUGGCUGAUUUUGCUCCACCUAAAGAAAAAGUCCUGCCUAUUCCAGAAGGCAGUGCUUUCUUCUGCCUCAGCAAGACCAACCCGAUAAGAGUAGGCUGUCAUACUCUGAUCCAUCAUCACAUCUUCACUAACCUGAUCCUGCUCUUCAUCAUCCUCAGCAGUAUCUCUCUUGCUGCUGAGGACCCAAUCAGAGCGCACUCCUCCAGGAACAAAUUCCUGGGCUAUGCUGACUAUGCCUUCACCUCCAUAUUCACAGUGGAAAUCCUUCUCAAGAUGACUGUUCACGGAGCAUUCCUGCAUUCAGGGUCUUUCUGUAGGAACUGGUUUAAUCUGUUGGACUUGCUGGUUGUCAGUGUUUCUCUGGUCUCGUUCUUCCUUCAUUCGAGUGCAAUCUCUGUGGUCAAGAUCCUGAGAGUGCUACGAGUGCUCAGGCCUCUUCGAGCCAUCAACAGAGCCAAGGGACUCAAGCAUGUGGUUCAGUGUGUGUUCGUGGCUAUCAGGACCAUUGGGAAUAUCAUGAUUGUUACUGCUCUGCUUCAGUUCAUGUUUGCCUGUAUUGGCGUCCAGCUCUUUAAGGGUAAAUUUUAUCGCUGCACGGAUGAAGCUAAACACACACCUGAACAGUGCAAAGGCACAUUCGUGGUUUACAAAGACGGCGAUGUGAGUCAUCCAAUGGUGCGGGAGCGUCACUGGCUCAACAGUGACUUUAACUUUGACAACGUGCUGAUGGGCAUGAUGGCCCUGUUCACCGUGUCGACCUUUGAGGGAUGGCCUGCGCUUCUCUACAAAGCCAUAGAUGCAAAUGGGGAGAACCAUGGCCCUGUGUACAACUACCGUGUGGAGAUCUCCAUCUUCUUUAUCGUCUACAUCAUCAUCAUCGCCUUCUUCAUGAUGAACAUCUUUGUGGGUUUUGUCAUCAUCACUUUCCGUGAGCAAGGAGAAGCUGAAUUUAAAAACUGUGAGCUCGACAAGAACCAGAGACAGUGUGUAGAAUAUGCUCUGAAAGCCCAGCCCUUGAAGCUGUAUAUCCCCAAGAACCCAGUGCAGUAUAAGUUCUGGUCUAUGAUCAACUCCACAGGUUUUGAGUACAUCAUGUUUGUUCUGAUCCUCCUCAACACAGUCACUUUGGCAAUUCAGCACUAUGAACAGUCUAAACUCUUCAGCUAUGUCAUGGACAUCCUCAACAUGGUCUUCACUGGUCUCUUCACUGUAGAGAUGAUCGUCAAGCUAUUAGCCCUCAGGCUCAGGCAUUAUUUUGUUGAUGCCUGGAACUCCUUUGAUGCUCUAAUUGUGGUGGGCAGUGUGGUCGACAUUGUGGUUACAGAGUUUAGUAGCUCAGAGGACAGUUCUCGCGUGUCAAUCACUUUCUUCCGUCUGUUCCGUGUCAUGCGGUUGGUUAAGCUGCUCAGCAAGGGAGAAGGCAUUCGCACGCUCCUCUGGACUUUUGUGAAAUCUCUUCAGGCCCUUCCUUACGUAGCACUGCUCAUUGCUAUGAUCUUCUUCAUCUAUGCUGUGAUUGGCAUGCAGACCUUUGGAAAAAUUGCCAUGCAGGACUACACACCGAUCAACCGCAAUAACAACUUCCAGACCUUUCCUCAAGCAGUGCUGCUGCUCUUCAGGUGUGCCACAGGUGAAGCAUGGCAAGAGAUUAUGCUGGCCAGUUUGCCAGGCAAGCGCUGUGACCCGGAGUCAGAUUAUGAGCCUGGAGAGGAAUUCACCUGUGGUAGCAACUUUGCCAUUGUCUACUUCAUCAGUUUCUUCAUGCUUUGUGCUUUCCUGAUUAUCAAUCUUUUUGUUGCUGUCAUCAUGGACAAUUUUGACUAUUUGACACGUGAUUGGUCAAUUUUGGGACCGCAUCAUCUGGAUGAGUUCAAAAGGAUCUGGUCUGAGUAUGAUCCUGAGGCCAAGGGUCGCAUAAAGCACUUAGAUGUGGUGGCUCUGCUCAGGAGGAUCCAGCCUCCUCUGGGUUUUGGAAAACUCUGUCCCCACCGUGUGGCCUGCAAGAGACUGGUUGCUAUGAACAUGCCUCUAAACUCAGAUGGCACGGUGACCUUCAAUGCCACCCUGUUUGCCCUAGUCAGAACUGCCCUCAAGAUUAAAACUGAAGGUCACCCAGACCAGGAAAACGAAGAGCUGAGGAUUAUCAUUAAAAAGAUCUGGAAACGCAUGAAGCCCAAAAUCCUGGAUGAGGUUAUUCCCCCAGUCAAUGAGGAAGAGGUGACUGUGGGCAAGUUCUAUGCCACGUUCCUGAUCCAGGACUACUUCAGGAAGUUCCGCAGGAGAAAAGAGAAAGUGGGUCUGGGAGAUCCAGACCCCAAAAACCCAUCAGCUCUCCAGCUGUGUCAGGCGGGUCUGCGCACCCUGCAAGAUCUGGGGCCAGAGAUUCGACUGGCCAUGAAUGCAGACCUUGAUGAGGAAGAGGAAGGCCUGGAGGAAGAGCAAGAAGAGAAUGAUGCCCACUAUAAGAAUGAGAAAGGUUAUACAGGUCACGGCGAGCACUCAGGUAAAGACCGGCAAAGACUGGCCUCCACACCUACGGGUACUUCUGCCCCAGGAGAGGGCAUUUCCAAUGGGCUACCAUCUCGCAGACCUUCUCUAGCCAAAACGGCCAAUGGCAGCAGUGUACUGGAGCAGGAGAAUUUCACAAGAGGAGAGAACAUGCGCUCCUCUUUCCAUUACCACAAUAAGAAUGGAGUGAUUGACCAGCCACCAAAGAGGUCUUCAUAUUACAAGUACCCAAGGAGGGACUCCAGGGACCGCUUCAGCUCUCCACUCUCUCGGAGAGUAGAUGGAGAGGAGGGCUACCCAGGCGAGCAGAAUUUCUACAGCAGGGAGGAUGACGAGGAGGCCAUUGCGUCCAGAGACAGGCAUGGAUACCCAGAAGAGGGCCCUGUGUAUCCUGGCCAUAGAGAACAUGGUUAUGAUGGGCAUCUUGCGUAUAAUAAUCAUUAUGGAAAUCCUUAUGGUGAGGCCAAGAGGACAGCCAGGAGACGCCUGCUGCCUGCAACCCCCACUGGACGGAAGCCAUCUUUUAACAUCCAGUGUCUGAGGAGGCAGGGCAGCAAUGAUGAUCUGCCCAUCCCAGGCACGUACCACCAGAAUUCUCCACCCUGCAGAGCACGCUCACAGCCGUAUGGCAGUUACGACUCCCGCCGCAGCAGCAGCCACUCCUCUAUGGGCUCCACGGCCUCCUGGGCAAACCCCAGCCCCCGACGGGGUCGUCUGCUGUACGCUCCACUCAUUCUGGUCGAGGAUGAAGGGGCAGCUGGUGCUGGCAAUGUGGGCAUCUGGGAUAAGAAGGCUGGAAGUGCUAAUGUGCCUGUGGCAGAGCGACCGGGCUGGUACUCAGGGCCCUCAGGUGGACGAACAGGCCAGCCUUACAGGGCAUACACCACUCUGAGAGUGCCCAGCCAGCUCAGUCCACAUUACAGCGAGAAGAGAGGUAGUGCUGACAGCCUGGUGGAGGCGGUAUUAAUCUCUGAGGGCCUUGGCCUUUAUGCAAAGGACCCCAAAUUUGUUGCCUUUGCGAAGCGAGAGAUUGCUGAUGCGUGUCACAUGACCAUAGAUGAAAUGGAAAGUGCAGCGAGUGACCUGUUGAGCCGGGGGAGCACUGGGAGCUCUGGAGGGGGCUUCCUCAACCACACAGACUUAGGACCCCUCUACAGCGACGAGGAGCCAGUCAGGGGCCGAGACGAGGAUGAGCUCGCUGAUGAAAUGACAUGUGUUACCUCUUUCUGAUGGUGAGAUGUGACAGAUGGACAGAGGCAGUCAAUGAAUGAGUGGGAGGAAGGGCAAGGAAGCUGAUCAGUGAGGCAGUCAGUGUCUCUUUUGGGGCAGAGAGAGAGCCCCAAAGCCUGUAAGCAUGGACAGAAAUGUAAAAAUUAGACCAUGGUUGAUAAAGUAUUGGAAAGGGCUCAGGGCUUUUAAUGGGGGCUAAAUCUUUACAUACUCACUAGAAGUGAAUUUUUACAAGGUAGCUUGAGAUUGUAUUGAUGUUUGGUUUUUGUACUGUAGAAGAAGGGAAAACAUGCUUCAAGGCAUAUUAAACAGUCCAAGAAAUAGCAAUAAUAUGGUGUAGAAGCAGAGGGAAGGAUGAACUGUACCAGUAGCCGAAUGAGGUUGGCCAAAUCAAAAUGCCUGAAAACACUGAUAUCAUGGCACAAUGAAUCUGAGAGUGGCCAGCAUUCAUUUGCUGUAACACAUUUGCAUCAAAUAGUGUACAUAACGUCUCUGAAAGGACUCCUUUUUUACUGAACAUCAUGUUGAACAUGGUUUAUGCCUGUAAAUAUGUUUUUAUUUCAUCCUCUUUAUUCAUUUGACCAAAAACUAUAAAACAUCUGUAAAGGGAUUCUGCCCUAGAAAAACCCCAAACACGUGGUAAUACUGUAUGAGAGUAUGAAAUCCUAAACCCGUACAUUUGUGCAUUUAUUUUUCACAGUGAUCGGAUUCCAUUUUAUAUGUCUGCUCAUUUCUACUGAGUGCUUGUAAUUUUUUUAUAAUUUGUUAACCCCUUGAUUCUGUAGUGUACAACGUGACAUACUUGUAAUUACAAAAACAGCACAGGUGUGAAUUUUUUGUUUAUUUGACAUGUUUUUAACUCUUAUUUACUAACAUUAUUUUCUCAACAUGUAAUAAGUGAUGCUGAGAAAUGCUGUUGCUCUGUGAACAGACCCAAAACUUUUUGUUUCCAUAGAUCUGAUGUAUGUUGGGCUUUUUCUCCUGCAAUGAACCGUGAAAAAAUGCACAUCUGAUUUCCCAACUUGCUAUUCAGAUGUCACAAUCUGCCUGGCUAAGUGUUUAUUUACAAUGUUUAUUUCCCACUUAUACAUAUGUAAAUAACUGUACUAUAAUCCAGUUCUGUGAAUGUAAGAGCUAAAGACAUUUCUAUGUGAGAGUGAAUAAGAGUCAGUUUAUUAAAAUAAUGGAUUGCUUGUAA